AUGUCAUCAAGUGUGUUAUGCCUCAAACUCCACUCCGAUUCGGAGACGAUCCGUGUGAGAGUGGACCCUGAAAGUUGUCAAUCUUAUGACCAACUCUGCAGCUAUGUUGAGAAGGCUUGGCGUGAGCUCCAAUUCCGUGACUAUCGUUUGUUCUAUAUGGACGAUAGUGACGAGCUCUGUCUCCUCAAUGAUCUCUCUCUAUCUGACGCUCUAGCUCUCGCUGACGCCCAGGGAAAAGCCACCAAGUCUGUUCCUGUUAUCGACAUUUAUGUUGACGCUUACAGUGAAGAGGCGCCGAGUUUUACUCCUCUGGAUUCGGAAGCGCUCGCGGUUGCUGACCUGCUUGAUGGUUUGGACUAUGUUAUUGACCCACUAUCUGCCUUGCGUCUGGUUGAUUGCUUGGCAGCAGCCGACCAGGAUAUGGGUAAAGUUGCCGAUUCGCUCAAGACGAAGAAGGCUACCAAGGAGGUCCAUAAGAAUGCCGCUGACUCGAAGAAUGUCACUAAGAGUUCUGAAGGAGUUGUUGAUUCGAAGGCUACCAACAAGGCUCCUGAGAAGGUUGCUGAUGCGAAGGCCACUAGCAACAUUCCCGAAAAGACUGCUUCGGAAAAGUCAGUAACUGUGGAGGGUAAGGGUGGUGACAAGCAGGUUGUCGAGGAGAAGCCUCAGGUGACGGUCAACUGUGAGAAGAUGGUUCAGCGUUCGGGCGAUGAGCCUGAAGUUGUACGCAUGCAGAAAGAGGUCUCCUCUGAGAAGGAAGCUAAGGAUGCUAUGGUCGACUUCCUGAGCAAGUCUGGUUUCGUCACUGGCAAGAAGGCUGGUAAGGAAUUGGUCAACAGCAUGUUCCAGGACAUGUCGAGCAUUAGGGAGGUAGCAGACAGGCUUAUGGGAUACGAGGAGGCCGAUGAUAAGAAGGAUGCAAAACAGGUGGAAGAUGAGGCGAAGGAACUUCAGGGCGUUACGACUGAUCCGCUGGCAAGGAGCUUUGUCGACAUGUUGAGUGACUAUGGCCUUAUACAGAAUAAGGCUGCUGCUAGAGAGCUCGUCAGUGCACUCAUGGCUACUCAGGCUGAUCUCGACGGCCUGUCCAAGCG